CAGGCCUUAACAGUCACAAUGCUUAUAAAUUGUGACACUCAACAAAAUUGUCUGACUAUUAGAGACGACAGAAAAUAUCAAAAAACAAAAUUUAACACCAAAGGGGAUUAGCGGCUCUAUCAUGCAAAACAAUUGCCAGGCACAAGCUCCUAAUUGCCAGGCGCCAGUUGCACAUCCUCCGGAGGCUGGAUGUUAUUGUAAUCCACCGCAGCCUGCUCCAGUUCCUACAUCCUGCGGCCCUCACUCGGGAACAUGCGGCAGACAAGACAAGCCACGAAAGGCUUCUCGGUCAGAGCAAAGAGCUAUGUGCAAGCAUUGUCGUCAGCAGCAGAAGAAGAAGAAGAAGUGUUGCAUUAUACAAUAACUGCUGAGCCGCUUUCCCCAGCUGGCUGUCAUCCAGGUAUGCCUUGGCGUACGCCUUUGAAAUUUUAGGUACAACACACAAAAUUCCAUAUAAAUUCAAUGCCGGCAUAUAGUAACACAAUCAAAAAAAAAAAAAAUUAAAGCUUUCAGAUAGUUGUAUGAAUAGCUACAGCUACUUCUGUUGAUGGUAACUGUUGAAGUAUGGCACAGCCGAAGCCACCCAAUCCGAAAUGCCAUUGUGCGGUGCCUGUACCACCCACGAGUGUACAGCCCCAGAUCAUACGUAUAAAAUGUGGAGCACCAGCACAUAGCACAGAAUCAAAAAGAAACCCCAAUCUGCAGUAUGGCUGUCAGCGAAGAAAACAAAAAAAAUGCAGCAUACAAUGAUACAUAAAGUAUAUCGAUCUCAGUAGGCGUUACAAUUACUUCAACUUGGAUAUAAUAUGAUUCGGCAGCUUGAAAAAUGUUAAAAUUUACAGUCAGAAAAAUUUUUAGUCUUACUCAUGGUCAAUAAUACAAAACAACGUGAAAUCGUUGCACCAACGCCUGCAACAUAAAUCAGUGCAAAAUGCGUCGAAAAUGCAGUCGGCAUUGCUUUGUCUAUCGCACUCCCUGCUAUGCAAAUCCGCCACCAAGACCAGGCGCUCGUCGGUGUGCUACAGAAGGUGGAUGCUACUGUCCGCGCUUACCUCCUACUUCGCGAAGUUCUACGCGGAGAACCUGCCGCAGGAAACCAUCUGCCACUAGCAGCGGCUGUUCCUGUAGCCCAUCCAACAAAUCCGAACAGACAUGCUGUUAUCCUUUGGUUGUGCGGGAGCCAGAUCCCCCACCAAGACGCCGUCUAGAACGCAAAAGCUGUUGCUGUCCAAAAGAGCCUCGAAUUGAGCAACCUCCCAGCUGUUGUUCCUGUGCUGCAUAUGAUGCUGGUCCAGUAUCCCAGGUAAUGGCACGUCCACAGCCACCCGCUUACUAUCCACCUCAGCCUCCACCUGGUCAGGUAGCCCCCUUCCAGCCAGCCAUCCAGUCUAUUAAUAAUUGUAUUGAAGCUCCAAGCGAUCCAUACUAUAAUCAUACUAUGCAACCACAAAUUGGCAAUCCAAUGGGCAAUUUUGAUUUAAACAGAUUUGAUCGAGAUCACGCUGGAAUUGGAGGUACUACUGGGCGCCGAAGAAAUGUUAGUAUACGCACAUGCGUUGAUUAUGACUAUGAUCCGGGGACUACUUACCAAGCGCAAGCACCACCACCACCACCAUCUGCCUAUCCUUAUCCAUAUCCUCCACCGCCCUCUCCACAUAUCUUUCCACACCAGCCCAAUCCGUGUCCGUGUCCGCAUCCACAAUUUAUGCCUACGCAGAGAAACUGUAAAAGACGCCCUUCAAUAACUGAUAGAUCUGAUUCCGUUAGAUACACUCCCUGUCCUCACCGUCGCGCCGGUUGAUAACUCAACAGUUGA